GCUCAAUUGGAGGCCCCUCCACCGGUUCUUGGCAAAAUAAUUUCUAAAAAGAUAUAAAAACUUCUUCAUUGCAAAGAAUCCGAGGAGGAGUCCCAUUGAGGCCGUAAUUUGGUGGUAAUAAAUCGAAAAGGAAAUAAAAAUGGCCUUGAAUCAAACCACGCAAUUCGCCGUUGCCACGCUAUUCUUCGGCGUGCUAUCUUUUCUUUUCGACGUUUUCGCCGAAUUGAAGAAGCCACCAUCUGGAACUCCAAUCCAAGGAAAGGAUGUUGUCAUAUGCAAAUUCCCAAAUGAUCCGACGGUCGCGUUAGGAGCCCUAUCGACCAUCGCGAUCAUCAUUUGUGCGGUGAUAGGAGUCCUCUCAUUGUUCUUCCCUUAUAAAGGCAAAUCCAUACCGAAGAACGUUCUCUUCCAAAGCACGUUGUUAUUCGUUUUCUUCAACGUCGCCGUGGGGGUGAGCUUGGCAGGUGCAGGGAUGACAUUGUGGGCAACAUUAACUGAAGCUCUUCACCACAUAAGGAAUGUGCACCACAACCUCGAGUCGCAAUGCCCCACGGCGAAGACGGGCCUGUUCGGCGGUGCGGGAUUUGUAAAUCUCGACGCAUCCCUCUUCUGGCUCGUCUGCCUCAUGCUCACGCUCAACGUGCGAGAGGACCACUUCAGCGAGGACGAGGAAGGGGAAUCGACGGGCAAGUAUUCGGAAGCCGCCACAACUGAGUUUCUCACGUGAAGGAGAAUGAGAGGCAACAAGCGGAUUUGAUUUGCAUAUGGUUUGAGUGCUGGAAUGAUUAAAUGUUUCCUCUGUAAAUACACAUGGUCCUUCCUCUUACGAGUUGAGAAUCCUGUUCAUAGUAUAUGCUGUGCAAAGCCGAGUGGAUUUGGAGUGUAAAAUGUACCAUGAAGAAUUUGCUAAAACUAGUCAACUGAGUGCUGUAAUGUGUGUCAGAUAAUUCUUCACAUGUAUGUUAAUUCCCA